AUGGGGACUUGUUGCACCACAAUAGAGCAAUCGGAGGUCGGGGUGAUUGAACGAUGCGGGGAAUUUUCGGGCAUCGCAUCGCCCGGUUUUCACUGCCUGGGGUGUUUCUGGAACAGCGUCGUGGCGCGGAUCUCAAUCCGGCUGCAGGAGUUCCAGAUGAAUGUCGAAUCCAAGACGAAGGAUAACGUCUUCGUCUACGUCUCCCUCACCCUCCAGAUCCAGGUGAUUCCGGAUCGCAUCGAGGAGAUGCACUACCGCGCCCUCAAUCCGCAUACGAUCCUGCGCGAUAACGUCAGCAACUCCAUCCGCGCGAAAAUCCCGCUGUACAAACUCGAGGCCCUCUACGUCGAGCGCGGGACGAUCUCGCAACAACUCAAAGACGAGGUGGAUGUGCGGAUGGGGAGUUAUGGGAUGGAGAUCAUUUCGGUCUUGAUCUCCGACAUCAACCCGGGCGCGCGGAUCACCCACACGAUGAAUGAAAUUCAACGCCUGCAGCGACUUCGCGUCGCCGCCGUGGAUGAGGCGGAGACGAAAAAACUCCAGCGGGUGCGCGCCGCCGAGGCGAAGUGCGAUGCGCGCCGCCUCGCCGGGGAGGGGCUGGCGGAGCAACGAAAGGCGAUCGUCGCCGGGUUGAUGCAAUCCGUGAGCGCCGUUCAAGGGGAGAUCUCCGCGCUUUCCAUCACCGACGCCACGAAUAUGCUGAUCAUGAAUCAAUACUACGACACCCUGCAGAGCAUCGCGGGAAAUGCCCAGUCGAGCCUGAUGCUCGUCGAGGCUACCGGUGGCCUCGAGAAGGCCAUCUCGCAGCUCAAAAAGGGCGCCACUCGGCUCAUGAAGUAA